AUGGCUGAAAAUGAAGUGGUGGUCCUUUCCGCACACCAAUACAAAAACAGUGGAACACCUUUAGUACCAUUUGAACACGCUCAGUAUUUCUUGAUAUCUUUGACAAAUCCCACAGUACCUAAUACGUCAUUUAGCAAAGUUUCUCCAUUUUUGAUACAUAAGGCUCUUCUUUCUCUUCUAGGAGAAGUAGCCUCGGUUAAAAAAUUACGUUCAGGUGACUUGUUAGUUCAAGCCUCGUCCGAGAAACAAGCUACUACUCUGUCUACUUGUACAAACAUAUGCUCGUUCUCUGUUAAUGUUACUCCUCAUAAAACUUUAAACACCUCACGAGGCGUUAUAUCACAGUCCGAAUUUAUCAAUGAUACCGAAGAAAAUAUUGUAGAGGAAUUGCGUGACCAACACGUUAUUGCUGAUCGAAGAAUAAAGAUUCGUCGAGAUGGUCAACUUAUCCCGACAAAACAUCUCAUUCUUACCUUUGCUACUCCAAACUUACCAUCUGCCGUCAAGCUUGCCUGGUAUAACUGCCCGGUUAGACCAUAUGUGCCAAACCCUUUGAGAUGCUUCCAAUGUCAAAGGUUUGGACAUUCAAAGGCAUCUUGUCGANUUAGUUUACUGUUUCUUCCUGUAAUCAAAGUUUACAGCUUUGCUAUAAUUUGA